GUAGUCCGGAAGUGAAUGACUGAUUUCUCGGCGCGCAGGCGUAGUGGUGCGGAUCCCCGGAAGAGCCAGCAGAAGUUAGUAUGUGCGGGUGGUGGUGGUGGCGGCUGCCCCUGCUGCGGCGGCACUGACACGCUACGAGCUCUAUGCCUUUCCGGCUGCUCGUCCCGCUCGGCCUCCUGUGCUCGCUGCUGCCCCUGCACCAUGGUGCGCCAGGUCCUGAUGGCACCGCGCCGGACCCCGCCCACUACAGGUGAAGGAGGCCAAGCUCUCGCCCUUCCGAGGGAGCGAGUCAAGGCCAUGUUCUACCACGCCUACGACAGCUAUCUGGAAAAUGCCUUUCCCUACGACGAGCUGAGACCUCUCACCUGUGAUGGGCAUGACACCUGGGGCAGUUUUUCUCUGACUCUCAUUGAUGCUCUGGACACACUGCUGAUUUUAGGGAAUGUCUCCGAAUUCCAAAGAGUGGUUGAAGUGCUUCAGGACAACGUGGACUUUGAUAUUGACGUGAAUGCCUCUGUGUUUGAAACCAACAUUCGAGUGGUAGGAGGACUCCUUUCUGCUCACUUGUUGUCAAAGAAGGCUGGGGUGGAAGUGGAGGCGGGAUGGCCCUGUUCCGGACCUCUCCUGAGGAUGGCUGAGGAGGCAGCCCGAAAACUUCUACCAGCCUUUCAGACCCCCACUGGGAUGCCCUAUGGAACGGUGAACCUGCUUCAUGGUGUGAACCCAGGGGAGACCCCUGUCACCUGUACGGCAGGGAUUGGGACCUUCAUUGUGGAAUUUGCCACCUUGAGCAGCCUCACUGGAGACCCUGUGUUUGAAGACGUGGCCAGAGUGGCCCUGAUGCGCCUGUGGGAGAGCCGGUCAGAUAUCGGGCUGGUUGGCAACCACAUCGAUGUGCUCACUGGCAAGUGGGUGGCCCAGGAUUCGGGCAUUGGGGCUGGUGUUGAUUCCUACUUUGAGUACCUGGUGAAAGGAGCCAUCCUGCUUCAGGACAAGAAGCUCAUGGCUAUGUUCCUAGAGUUUAACAAAGCCAUUCGGAAUUAUACACGCUUCGGUGACUGGUACCUGUGGGUGCAGAUGUACAAGGGGACUGUGUCCAUGCCGGUCUUCCAGUCUUUGGAAGCCUAUUGGCCUGGUCUUCAGAGCCUCAUUGGGGACAUCGACAAUGCCAUGAAGACUUUCCUCAACUACUACACUGUGUGGAAGCAGUUUGGAGGGCUCCCAGAGUUCUACAACAUCCCUCAGGGAUACACAGUGGAAAAGCGAGAGGGCUACCCACUUCGGCCAGAGCUCAUUGAGAGCGCAAUGUACCUUUACCGAGCCACAGGCGAUCCCACCCUCUUAGAACUCGGGAGAGAUGCUGUGGAGUCCAUUGAAAAAAUCAGCAAGGUGGAGUGUGGAUUUGCAACGAUCAAAGAUCUCCGAGACCACAAGCUUGACAACCGCAUGGAGUCCUUCUUCCUGGCCGAGACUGUGAAAUACCUCUACCUUCUGUUUGACCCAACCAACUUUAUCCACAACAAUGGCUCCACCUUCGAUGCUGUGAUGACCCCCUAUGGGGAGUGCAUCCUGGGGGCUGGGGGCUACAUCUUCAACACAGAAGCUCACCCCAUUGACCCCGCUGCCCUCCACUGUUGCCAGAGACUGAAGGAGGAGCAGGGGGAAGUGGAAGACUUGAUGAGGGAAUUCUACUCUCUCAAACGGAGUAGGUCAAGAUUCCAGAAAAAGACAAUGAGUUCGGGGCCCUGGGAACCCCCAGCAGGGCCAGGAACAUUGUCCUCACCUGAAAACCACAACGAGGCAGGGGAGAAGAAGCCUCCGAAGCAGAAAAUCUCACUUCUCAGCUGCCCCAGUCAGCCCUUUACCUCUAAGUUGGCGUUGCUGGGACAGGUUUUCCUGGAUUCCUCAUAACCACUGGAUGAUUUAUUUUUAUUUUUAUUUUUCUGAGACUAAACUACAGCAAUAAAUCUGCUUUUGGCUAUUGUAUUUUA